ACAUAAAUGUCAUAAGCAAGUAUCGACUGUUUAUCUGUGAAUUGUGAUUCGGAUUUAAGUGUAUUGACUAGUAACUACUGAGUAUACAUAGAUACUGAUAAUUAUUUUGGAGAAGUGCUUGUAACUUUUGAAAGAAAUCAUAUUUACCACAUAAAUUGGUUGAAUACAAUGAAUGCUUUAGAUAAACAUCUAGCAGAUUUACGAAUAUAUGCUAAUGAAUUGGACGCAAAAUUACAAGAUGACAUUAAUGCAUCCAAAGUAAAACCAUCGAUCCCUCCAAAAAAAAAUAAAGCUCCUUUGCCUCAAAUACCCCAAAGUUACACAGUGAAAUCCGCCUGCGAGCCGUCAUAUUCUUCAAGAUUAGAAAACGCUAGUCGGACCAGUUCUACAUACUCAAAUUUGGUACCUGUAAAGAGUUAUAUUGUAAGAAAUUCGGCUCGAGUCCGAAGCGGCGAUGUGCUCUUAUACAGCAAUUUACUGCCACCAGGAGGGACAAAUCACGUUUACUCCAAUAUUCAAUCCUCACGGAACGUUGAAGGCUUUUACGAUCGAGAUACUAGGUCUGAAUUGUCUAGAAAUAGCGACUUAGGAGCGCAAUCAACUUAUAGCGAACUACGAAGACCGGGUUCAGUAUACCCACCAUCUUCGGCUUCUGUGAACGCUCAAGAUUUUUCUACAUAUGGAGGCUCUCAGACAUCUUCAACAUAUGAAUCUCUUUAUGAACCUAUCAACCCACGCCCAUGUAGCCAAUUAUCGGGAACUUCUUUAUAUGGUGGAUAUGUUGGCACUGCUGUGGAGCCAAUACCAGAACCAGACGAUGCUCUUUACUGUGGCAAUUGCUACAGAUGUGGUGAGAAAAUUAUGGGAGAGACUACCGGCUGUACUGCUAUGGAAAGAAUAUAUCACAUUAAAUGCUUCUGCUGUCAUCAGUGUGGGAUCAAUUUGCAGGGGCGACCAUUCUAUGCAGUGCAAGGGAAAGCCCUUUGCGAGGUGGAUUAUUUAGAAACACUUGAGAAAUGUUGUGUCUGUAAUGAUCCAAUCCUUGAUCGAAUACUGAGAGCCACAGGCAAACCAUACCACCCGCGCUGCUUCACAUGUGUAAUGUGCCAGAAGAGUCUAGACGGCAUCCCUUUUACCGUGGAUGCAGUGAAUCGUAUACAUUGUAUUGAAGAUUUUCAUAAACGAUAUGCGCCCCGUUGCGCUCAAUGUCGGGAACCAAUUAUUCCUGAGGGUGGAGCCGAAAAAACUGUCCGAAUUGUUGCAUUGGAUAAGAGUUUUCAUAUUGCCUGUUAUGCUUGCGAAGAUUGUGGAGCCUCGUUGUGCUCUAGAGAUGAAGGCAGUAGAUGUUAUCCGUUAGACGAUCACUUGUAUUGUAAACAAUGCAAUGCUAGACGUAUUCAAGAUCUAUCAAGAAAUAUCAAUUAAGAAUUACUAUAAGGAACGUCCACAACCCACCUUACACUGUAACAUCUCAUUAGUACAUACAACUCCAUUAUUUUAUUGUGAGCUGGUCUUAAUAACUUACCAAUGAAUUAAGGGUUUCCUUUCGAAAUAUAAAGGAAUGUUUGUGCUAUACAUACCAAAAAGUGCCAUUUACAGCCGGUGACCAAAUAAAAUCAGAUAAACGGAAAUAGGUUAAAUCAGUCAAAGACACUGCCAAUAUAUUAUAAAUAGGCUUACACGUUUAACAUUAAUGUAUAAGAACAUGUUAAUAUAAUACUGUAAUCUCUUGUUGUAAUAAAAUACUGAUCAUCAUUCUAAAUUUUCAACUAGAAUGUAGGAAAGACGAGAUAUACCUGUAAGUAAUGUAUGCAUUUAUAUUUGAAGUAGUAUUAUUUCAAUGCUAUUAAAAGGCUGUGUAUUAUAACCAUUUAUAUUUUAUCAAUGCAUUCCACAGUAUUAAUAUAUGCAAAGGAUUUUUUUUUAAUGUGAUUUUUACACGAUUAAGUUAGACUAGUAUAAAAAAUUUACCCGCAUAAAGAUGCCAUUUAAAUGUAUAUAGUGAUAGGUUGUGUGUUUGUAAGAUUUUUAGUACUUAAUAUGUUUUAUGUUAUGUUGAGAAGUAUGAAGAUGAACUCAUUUUGCUUGACUGUAUUGUAACGAUUUAUACGUGACGAUAUAGUGCUAUAUAUAAUAUAUAUAUAUUAUGUAAGUAAUUAGGUACAUAGUUUUUUAUUAAUAGUAUGAACUUUCAUUGUUAAUCGAACAUCUGUAGCUAAAAAUUUUGUCAUUGAAUUUAUUACGUAGUAGAAAAUUAAUAAAAUCUCACUCUUGUUUUUAGCUAGACGUCGGUCACACUGAGGUUGGUAAGGUUUAACGUUGUAGGUAUUACUUAUUAGCAUUUAUAUCAUUACGCUUAUUUUUUACGUUAUUGUAACGUCAUAGAUAAUAUUACUCGUAUUGUGUAGAAUACUAUAUACUAUUUAGUCAUUAGUCAAAAUUCAUGAACGUAGUUUUCAUAAUAUAAUCACAUUGUAUGAGAUUGUCAGUUUAGCUUUACUGUACUUUGCGGAAUAUACAAUAUGGAAGUAGAAAUAUAACGAGUAUUAUUGAUGUAGUUCUUUUUGUUUUUAUAUAUAGGGUGUAAAGAAAGUAGCAGGUAACUCAUCAAUCUUUAUUUCUCAUUCUGCUCACUAAACAUAUACAACACAUUGUAUAAUGCAUUUAUCAAGCGCUCGACUCAAAUUGUCACAUUAAACCUAAACUAUGCUUAACAUAAAGAAGACUUUGGCUUCUUAUCAAUUAAAAUAUUAAAAUGUUACUUCAUCUAAUUUGUCACCCUUUAAAAAAAAAAUUAAAGAAAAUGCCAGCAACGACUUGGGGGGAAAUUUUAAAAUCUAUGAAAAAACAAAUAUUCAUUAUACUAAAACAAUUCUCAAACAAUGGUCCAGACAUCACUUUCUCCUGUUAUGGAACUCGUUCACUUUCAUUUAAACUUUCCCCACAAGCCAAAACAUCAAAUAACAAAAUAAAAACCAAAAUGCCUGCCUGUACGCCAUAUUGACACGUUCUAACUG